AUGAAAUGGAUUAAGAUUGCUUGGAGUGAAGUAUUAGCUGAAACAAUCAAAAGAUGUUGCAUUGAUGAUAUAGAAGAAAACCUACCUCUUGAUUUGAAUGAUCAACAAGCGGCUAAAGAACUCCAACAGCAAAUAGAUAUAUUGAAUCUCCGUAAUCCAAUGCCAGUUGAGGAUUUGCUAAACCUUGAUGAGGAACAAGAAGUACACCACCAGUAUACUGACGAAGACCUGAUUCAGACUGCUAUGAAAAUGGAACAGGUAGAAAACGAAUUUGUUGCGCUGCCCCUAACCGGAGAAGAACAAUUGAAUAUUAUACGUGGUGCUCUAAAGAUUGUUAAUGAGAGGAUCGAUGAUUGUGGAGUAACAAUGAAAACAUUACGCAAGCUACAAACCUGUAUUCAUGAGGAGGUUCGAAAAGAGAAAGCCGAAAAGCAAGUUCAACAUAAAUUAGAACAAUACUUCCAAGCUUGA